AUGCCAAAGAGCUACGAGCGGAAGCUUCGCGAAGCGGAGGAGCGAAGGCGACCGAGGGCCAAGGAGGAGCUUUACAAAGCGGUGGAGGGCAAAUCUCAGAAGAUGAUGCUGGGCUUUGACCACCCGGAAACUCUGCAGUUCGAGAUGCAACUGACGUGGGUCGAAGACACCUGGACGGUGGAGCAACUACAUGACCACCUAAUGUCGGAAGUUCGGCGGCUGGACGCUGAAUACAGGCGCAAGCCGCUUCGGGGAAACUAUUCGCAGAAGUACCUUUGGUUUGACAGGUUCGUGCUGCGGCCACGGGUGCAAGGACGUGAGCUGACCUUGCAAGACUAUGGCAUCGAACCUGGAUAUCGAGUGAAGGUCAGCCCGUUCUACCAGUCAGAGCAGAUGUGGGGCCAGCCAUUUCCCUUCGACCACAGCAAAGAGCGGCCUCUGGAUCAGAUGAGCCCUGGCGAGGACCCCAAGCUGCUUGUUCGCCUUGACAAGGGCGGCGGCGACUUCUUGACGCGCAUCUUCUUCUUUCCGUGGCUGGGAGGAAACUCUUCUGCGUACAUACCUGUGGUGCAGAAGAUGCCCAAGGAUAUCUGCUGCUAUGCUUUGGAGAUGCCUGGUAGGGGCGAGCGCGAGGCGGAUGAAGGCUAUCCGACGGGGACAUUUGCCAUCAAAGUCAUGGCCUUGACCUUGGCCAAGGAGAUGAAGCGCCGCGGAUCAAACUAUGUCUUCGCACACUCGCAGGGGUCGCACUUCGCCUACUACGUGGUGAAGCGGCUCAGGAACGAGCACAAUGUGGACGUCAAGGGCCUCUUUGUCAGCAACUUCGGUGUGCCCAGCGCGAUGCCCGCCAUGGAUCUCAGCACAUUGCAGAUGAGGCAGCAGCUCUGCGUGCCCUUGCGCAUCUUCACUGGCUUGGUGAAGGGUGGCUGGGGCUGCGACCCGAAGUUGGCCUACAAGAGCCACAUGGGAUAUCAGGCUUACCAAAGCCAAGAGCUUUGGCCGGUGGCACGAUCGCUUCUCAUCGACCACUGGAUCACUAAGGAGUUCCCUCUGCCUGAAGCUGACCAUCCACUCUUCUGCCCAGUAGUUGCCUUCUACGGCACGGAGGAUGGAGCAGUGUCUCGAUCUCAAGUCAAUGAGUGGAAGAAUCUCUCAGCGGAUCCUGAUAUGUUCAAGGUGAUCGAGAUGCCCGGUGGCCACAUGUGGUUUCAGAACAGCAGCUCCCGGUGCGAAGCCCUCGCCAUUGAGCUUGACAAGCUGAUGCGAAAGUUCCGCUGA